GGACAUGAUGGGGAAGACAGAGCGAGAGCCGGAAAACACGAAUUAAACCUUUCAAGAAGUAUAAAAAACAACUUUUAAAGUUACUCGUGUAACGGCUACAGCGUACGUCGGCAUAUGUUAGCAUUUUACAGGCUAAUGUUUAUCUUACCGUUCCCCCCACCACCUCCUCCUGUAGAGCAGCAGCAGCUUCGGCAGUACGUCUUUCUCAACGCGAUAGGAAUUACAGCCAGUUUCGGAGGAUGUCAGCCCCCAGCAACUCGCUCCAGCAGCCGAGGGUGAGACGCAGCAAUGCGGGCUCCCCCGGCUCCUUCAACAACAGCUGCCGUUUGCACCCCAUCCGUGCCACCGUGCCCUAUCAGCUCCUGCGUGGGGGUCAGAGCAGCCCGACGCGGGCGCAGACACACUACGGAGGAGCCACGAACAGCCGAGGCUCGAGUCCCCCCUCCAGCCCGACACUCACUUCAGGAAGUGCUAAGCAAAGACUGUCCCCCGAAAAUAAGGAUUCCUCCUGCCCCCCAGACUCUCCAGUGUCCAGAGCAGAAAGGUCCAAGUUACAAGUUCGGAGUUCCAGUGCCAUCCGGCGGACAUCUUCCCUGGAUGCCAUCACGGGGCCAUACCUCACCGGCCAGUGGCCUCGGGACUCCCAUGGACCCUACCCUUCCUGUAUGAAAGACAAAGCCACACAGACUCCGGGUCUCUGGAUUGAUGAGGGAGCAGAACAGGGAAGUCCACACCAGCGGUCGGCCUCCUGGGGCAGCGCAGACCACCUCAAAGAGCAGAUCGCUAAACUGAGACUGCAGCUGCAGCGCAGCAAACAGGUCAGCCGGCAGAGCAAAGACAGGGAGCUGAACUCGCUGCAGCUGUCGCAACAGGCACAGCAUGGCAUUGCAUGCCAACCGCAGUAUAAGGGAACUUCAUCAGCCUUGUCGGCAAUCCCUGUGCCAAAAUCCCUCAUAUGCAGAGUGCCGAGCAGUGUCGAGGGAAUCAACCACGAGCUAGAAAAUGUGUUUAUCAGAGAGGACUGGGAGCAGGGGAUACAGGCCAUGGAUGUGGUGGAUGGCCGCCGCGCCCCCUUCCCUCCGCAUCACUACAACCACAGUGGCGACACACGUGACACGGACACACAAGCCCCUUCGAGUGGUGACUCCAGCCCGUUGCCCCGCGCCUGCAGCUCUGACCACCUCCACUCCCCUGAUGGAAGCCCCUGUUCUGCAGAGGAAACUGACAAAGACAAUGUGUGCAGUUCUCCUCUGCCCAAGUUUGCCACUUCUCCCAAACCUAACAACAGCUACAUGUUCAAACGGGAACCUCCAGAGGGCUGUGAGAGGGUCAAAGUGUUUGAGGAGAUGGUGUCCGGCAAAUCGAAAGGCUUCCCUCUCUUCUCGUGCCCUGACAAAAACAAGGUGAACUUCAUUCCCAGGGGCUCUGCCUUCUGCCCCGUCAAACUCCUCUGCUCCUCCCUCUUCUCCCCAGUCUCUCCCUUGUCCUGCUCCUCCACCAACCCCGGUCUCCAUGGCAACGACAGCCCAGGGCCUCAGGUGACCUCGACUCUGCCCACUGCACCACUAGCUACCUUUCCAGCCUCAGCUGACUGGAGCACCGACACAAGCACAGGCAUAAACACAGACAACAGCACAGACAGCCAGAACCCCGACACAGACGUGGGGGAAGACGGCUCAGCACAAGUACUCCUCACCAGCUAGUCCUCAGGUAUUCAUGACCAAACCACCCACAGCUGAAACAUUUCAGCUGGUUAGCGGUAUGGUUUUAAAGCAAAGAGGAAAAAAACAAAAGCAAAAAAAAGCAAAAAAAAAAGAAACCCUUGCACUCCGUUAAUCCUAAUGUUAGCCAGCAGGGAGCGCCCAAGGUCUAGAAAUGACAAACGCGUAGGAGGAUAAUGGUACCAGCAUCCCGCUGCACAAGCAUUUCCGCUCGAUCCCGGUGUUUGUCCCGCUGCCGGGGACGUUUUACUAAGAAAACUUGAUGGUUUGAUCGCUGAGUUUGCUGACCUUGGGCAGAGCCUCCCUUCACCCAUCACUAACCUAGCCUUCUCCUCUGUACGGUGACAACACCCAUAACAAAAUAGCUUUGCUUUUGUUUGCAAAAAAUAGAAAUUUCUGCUCAAAUUAUGAUGUUACGUAGUGCCUGCAGUUUAUCAAGAGAAAUAAAAAGGAAAAAUCUUUCACAAUAGACAGUUAUGAGGUAUCAAAGAAACACAAUCUACUCAUGUUAUCUAACCAGCUUAUUAGCUGUUCAGUGUUCAACAAGCUAACAUCUAAAGUGCAUACACAUAAGCUUUUUGACAAGAUGGGAAAUGCUCGAUUCAUAUUUUAAACAUAUCAGGAUGUCUUACAGUCAGAAUACAUUGCCCCGCCACAGUGUUUGCACUUGUUAAGACCUGGCUCAGAAUGAUACAGGCCGCGGCCUAUUUUUUCGUUUUCUUUUUUAAGUAUUCGUAGCACAGUGUCUAUGUGAAACCAGCAGUUGCUGGAGUGCAGGCUCCACCCAACAGGCUUACAAAGAUGCAGAUCUGCAUUUCUAGUCUGGUCACUAUUAAAAUUUGGUUAGCUGAACACAAAAUGCAAAUCAGCUGUUUUUCAGUGACCAAAUAACCAAUCACAAAGCACACAAUUCCCCCAUUGCCUUGUUCUAUUGCCCCACACUACACAGAACAAUAACUCAGGUCAUGUGGAAUGUACUUGCUUGGACUAUGUUGCCUUUCCCCAGUGUUUAUGACUUUAUUCUACAGAAAGACAUUCCAGUCUUUUGCAGAAAUGUUUUAUUUUUUUUCCCCUGGAGAGGGAAGUUAUUACGGACUGAAUCAACUGAUUGAUGUCACAGCUUGUGACAGAUGACUUUUGCAUUAACCUGUUCAGGUUAGAGUUUCAGGUGCUAUGACACAUUCCAGAAAUCGCUGUUGCAUCGGUCAACCGUGACUACUCAUGUAAAUGCAACUAGCUACAUAAGCUACACCCUCCUGAUUUGAGAAGUUGACAAAAUAUGUCGUUUGUUUCGCCCCUUUGUUAAAUAUGUACCAAAGCAAAUUACAAAAUAAUGAAAGGCGGGUCACGUGUUUGGGACAAGAGAGGCACCAUUUUUGUGCCAGAAGCAGAACGUUAACGUGCACUUUGUUUUGUUUUUUUUAAAUAAAGAUUUCAGCAACAUUUAAACACUAGGGUUGCAUUGGUAUAUUUUCACAGUAUGCUGUAUUGCACAAUUAUUAUUAUAAUUAUUAUUAUUAUCAGUGAAAAUGAACCUUAAAGGAAUGAAAUCUGAAGUUUUUUUUUCCCAGUAAAACUAGUACAGUAGAAUUGAAUACUGUCAAUGAGCAGAUAUAAAUGGGAUAACUGUCAAUGUUCACAGUGCAUUGUGAAAUGUGUAUGCCGCUGCAACCCUAAUAAACACUGGUUCAUAGUGUUUCAAACACAGGCGAUAAUUGUUAAACCAAGCUGAAGCACUUAUUUGGAAGUUCGACGAUAAUCACUAUUUUUAUUUUAGACCAAUUUGUAAGUUAAAACAAUCAGAACUUGAGUGUGCAAUUGAUUUUUGUUUGAAGUAAAGCUACACUAACAUUUUUUGUGUAAAACAGUUUGGCUCAGUAUCCAACCAGAUGUGCCCUAACAUUGCCUGCACAAGUUGUUUCAACAGCACAUAAAGAAAAAGAAAACAUGACUGAUUUAGUAAGCUAGUAAAUGUCAUUCCAAAACGUUGGUCAAUCAAGCCACUUGCACACAGAAACACAAAUAUGAACAAUAUGCAACACAUUCCACACAAAUUAAGUUGAGAUACUCUCUUCUGCUUGCAGCUCCAAGAGUUUCAAUCAUUCUUAUUCUGAUUUUAUUCACUAGCUCAUUGUGCAGUGCAGUUAUGAAAUAGUUGCCAUGUUUGGCAAUGAUGAUUCAGUUCUCCUAUGUAUUACGCAUUUUUAUGUAGAUCUUGUGUGUUUUUCAAUAAAGAAAACAAAAAAUCUCA